AUGGGGAAUGAGUCCCCUGGGUCGCGGCCGGAGUUUCGUCUCCGGGUGUCCCCGCCGCCCCCCGAUCCCACCCUCCGUGUCCCCCAAACCCCGCCCGUGGGUGCCGGGGCCAUCGGUGGGCGCGGGGGCUCGGAGCGCAUCCCGGUACUCGGAGCGCAUCCCGGUGAAACGGUGUCACUGGUGGACGUGGACAUCUCCCAGCGAGGACUGACCUCCCCUCACCCUCCGACUCCUCCCCCUCCCCCCCGGAGGAGCCUCAGCCUGCUCGAUGAUAUCAGUGGGACGCUGCCUCCAUCUGUCCUAGUGGGUCCAAUGGGCUCUUCCCUGCAGUCUUUCCCUCUGCCUCCGCCUCCUCCGCCCCACGCCCCAGACGCCUUUCCCAGGAUCGUCCCCGUGCGGCCUCCAGAGGGGGGGAUGGCCCAGCCCAUCCCACACCUGCAGUGCCCCCUCUCCCGACCCGAUUCCAGCAGCUUCGCCGCCAGCCUGAGGGAACUGGAGAAGUGUGGGUGGUACUGGGGCCCCAUGAACUGGGAGGACGCCGAGAUGAAGCUGAAGGGGAAACCCGACGGGUCCUUCCUGGUGCGGGACAGCUCCGACCCCCGGUACAUCCUGAGCCUGAGCUUCAGGUCCCAGGGCAUCACCCACCACACCAGGAUGGAGCACUACAGAGGGACCUUCAGCCUGUGGUGCCACCCCAAGUUCGAGGACCGCUGCCAGUCGGUGGUGGAGUUCAUCAAGAGGGCCAUCAUGCACUCCAAAAAUGGGAAGUUCCUCUACUUCCUGCGCUCCAGGGUCCCAGGUCUCCCUCCAACGCCUGUCCAGCUCCUGUAUCCCGUCUCCAGGUUCAGCAACGUCAAAUCCCUUCAGCACCUUUGCCGCUUUCGGAUCCGGCAGCUGGUCCGGAUCGACCACAUUCCCGAGCUCCCACUGCCCAAGCCCCUGAUCUCCUACAUCCGCAAGUUCUACUACUACGACCCUCAGGAGGAGGUUUACCUGUCCCUGAAGGAGGCCCAGCUCAUCUCCAGACAGACCCAGGAGCCGGAAUCCUCCACGUAGCGGAGCCGCCUCGCCCGUGCUCCCGGCACUGAUGGAAUUUGGUUGUUGCCAUCCCGCAGCCCGAGCCAGGCCGUGGUGGGAAGGAGCCCCCCACACUCCCCUGCUGCUGCUCCUGCUCUCCAGCCCUUUUGUACAGAGAAGAGGGGGCCGAGAUUCCCAAGAAAAGCCCAGCAGAGCAGGAAUCCAGAGCCUUGGCUCCUGGGAAAAGGCGUCUCGGAGGCGGCCGAGCCUCCCGGCGGAACAAGGAAUGUCACGGCACUAUUUACAAAGUUUGGGGAAAGUUUUUUAUUUUUUGACGUCUUUCAGUUUUUGUUUUUCGAAAGCAUGAGAAGUGACUGCGUGGUGAGGACCCCGCCUUGGAAAACUGGGAGGUGGGGAGAGAGAUGGAGGGAGGAGGGGACACUCUCUGGGAAGAUCCAUCUGCUCCGAGGCAUCGUGGCGGGAUUGUCCUUUGAUCCCCACGGAGAGGGGAGGAUGCAGCUUGGGGAGCUGCUGGAGGCAAACUGAGCCAAGAAGGAUCGGCAGCUCCGUGGAAUAACCUCUGGGAAUAACCUUGGAGCUCUGGGUGGCUCAGCAGCUUCCCAGGAUCCGGGAGGAGGGAGCCAAACCCAGCCUUGGGAAGCUGAGCUUUGCAGCUGGAUUUGCAGGAUGGUCCCACGGGAGGUUGGACCCGAGGAAGGAGGAGUGUGUGAGCUGUUGGGAUGUCCUGGAUCCCGAGGGAAUGGCUGGUGCUGCUCCUCUGAGGAAGGGCCAUUCCCUGAGAAAACACUGGAAGAUGCCCCCUGAACCCCCCGGGAAGUGGAAGGAAGGUGGAGAAGCUGGAACUGUUGGAGCUGCCUGUGGACCAAAGGUACUUCCUGCAGAGCCAUGGGAUGUGCACUUCCAGCCCCUCUCUGGCUGAUUCCAGAAGCUGGGAAUGAAGUGGCUUCCUUUGGAGCUGCGAAGGAUCCCGAGGAGGAGCUGCUGGGGGUGGCUGGGAGCAAGGAGCAGCUCCCUGAGGGUUCUCUGGAACAGCAUCUGCCCUCUGGGAGCUCCCUUCCCUCCUUGGGACAUCCAUGGAUCCACAGCAAAGCCAGGAGAGGUGGUGGCUCUUGCACAAAUAACACCCCCCCCCCUUCAAAUCCUGGUCUGCUGCUUCAUCCCCUGCAGCCACUGAGCAGGAACUUCAUGGAUGUUGGAGUUCUGAGUGAUGCUGGGAAUUCUGGAGAAGCCUCUUCAUCCCUGUAUUUCAAGGAGCGAGUUCCUGGCGCUCUAAAUCCAAGGAAUUGCUCCGUCCUGCAGGGCCUGUGGAUCGGGAUGGGUGCCCUGUGAGUGCCCUGUGAGCUGCCAGGACCUUGGGCUCUCCCUGCAGGAUGAUCCCUGUCCUUGAAUUCCACGAGGCCGCGUUGGAUUUUAAGGCAGCCCGGAAAAAUCCCACCGGCCCCCAAAGGUGCUACAGAUCCCGCCCUCCCUGUCCUGCCCAUCCCCUCCUGGAUCCUGGCAGGGCUCACGUGCUCUGGAAAGAAAGGAUUUGGCUUCCAAAUCCACAGAAAUACCUCAUGGGACGCUGCUCCAUCCCGGCUGUGGGAGGGCAAGAGCUUCCCAAGAGCCAGGCUUGGGAAUGGAGGGUCCAGCUCCAUGCCCAGGCUUCUCCCCAGGAAGAGAGACCCUUGGAGCAGGAUCCCUGGCAUGGCUGGUGUGUGUGGAUCCGGGAGGGAUGGUGGGAUGCAGGGAACAGGGAAGCUGGAGAAGCUCACGCUCCCCACAGUGUGUCAGUGACAACAUUCCCACUCCUUCCUUCCCUGUUCCCAGAUGGAAGAGGUGCAGGUUGGGUUUGGGAAGGGGGAAGGAGCCGACCUGGAGGGAAGGGUGGUGCUGGGUGGGCACUGGGAGGGGGUGCUGGGCUUGUUUUGGGGUGAAAAUGCACAACCCUGGUGGGUCAGGAGAGAUUUCCUGCAUCCCACCCCAUCCCUGCAUCCCACCCCAUCCCUGUGUCCCCCCAGAGCUCCUCCUGAGGGAGCAUGAGGUGGUUCCACACCUUCCAGAGCCAUUGGAGCAGCCGGACUUCGGGGCCAAUACUUGAAUUCCAUGUUUUCUGGUCGGCUGUUGAUGUCCCUGUGGGAUUUAUCCCAACAGCCUGAUGGUGCUCCUGCUGUUACUUGAACCCUGAGCGUGGUGGAGGGGGGGCGCAGCUCUUCCCAAAUUUGGGCCAGGAGGAAGGUUUUGGGUCUGAAAUGACGGAGGAGACAUACUGGGAGCUGUUGGAUAGGGAAUGGCGAGGGCUGGGAUAGGGAUGAGACCCCUCCCAAGGAUCCAUGGAGGUGGCAGAUGCUCCUCAGCAUUCCCAGGGCUCUGCUCCACCUCUCCUUGCUCCGAGCCAGGCAGGAAAGCUGGAGCAGGUCAGUGCCAGCCCCAGCCCGUGGCUGGUGGUGCUGGCUGAGAUCCCAAGGUUAACUGUAGUUAACAGCCCUCUCCUGAAAUCCAUGGAAAACAAAGCUGUUCCUGCACAGGGAGGUGUGAGGGGAGCGAGGGAUUUGAUCCAUGUGGGGCUGGGAAUGAGCCAGAGGGUUUGAUCCAGGGCUGGAAGUGAGGGGUGGGCUCUGUGGGAACAGCUCCAGGGGGUGCCUGGGCCCUGCCUUCCCAUCAAUCCCAGUUUGGGGAACGGACCCCUGGGGCUGUGUUAUCCUGCCUGGAAUGUUUUUUUUUUUGCAGCCUGGUUCUGGAGGCUGCUCCCAUCCUGCUGAUCCAGGGGAAAAAACAUUUUAUCACCACCCUUUAUCCAACCUUGAAUUGUGCAGAGGUGGUGCUUGUCCCGCUCCCGGAGCCGGGAAAUGGACCAUAAAACCCACUGGAGCGCGGGAAUUGUCCAUGGAAAAGCUCCUUUCUGUGCUUUUCCAGCUGGAUGGGGGCAGCCCUCAGCCCUGUGCUCAGCUUGGCAGCUUCCCCCUCCUCUCCCAACACCCUAUUUCAAGGUAGGGAAUGACCUUCCUCCCUCCCUCCCUCCAGCAGUGAGAAAAUUGGGAUAAACCAGGGAAGUUUUCACACCGGGAAGUUUCCAGCGAGAAAAUUGGGAUAAACCAGGGAAGUUUUCACACCGGGAAGUUUUCACACCUGGAAGUUUCCAGCUCGGCUUCCACCUCCUUGGGGCCAAAAAUAAAAGGGUGGAAAAAAAAUUCAUCCUUGGCUUGAGUGGGGUUGGGAUUUGCAGCUGGAUUUGCAGGAUUGGUCCUAUAUGGGAACCACCUGGGCUGCUCCUGCUGUUGGGAAUGGAUGGAUUUGGAAGCUCCAUGUGUGCUGUUGCCAGAUUUUAAUCCCUAAAAGCUUUUUUUUUUUUAAACCCUGGAAGUGGUUUUAGCAGUGACCUGUGGGGCUGUUGCUGCAGGUGGUGGUUGGGGGGCUCAAAUCCCGGGAGUGUUUUGGGGAGAAAAACCUCUGAAAAGUAGGAUUUGCUGAAGGAAGGGCCUUGCCUACUUCCAGGAGGAAGGGAUCUGGCCCUUUUCCUUCAUUCCUUGCAGUUAAAAAUCUGUCCUUGGGAUGGUUUUACCCUUCAAAUUGACCAUCAGGGCUGAGGGUUUAGGGUGGGCACCUGGAUACCUUCCCAAUUUACCUGGCUUUUGGGAAUGGAGGGAUUUAUCCACCUUCCAGACCUCUUUAGCUUUUGGGAAUGGAGGGAUUUAUCCACCUUCCAGAGCUCUUUAGCUUUGGGAAUGCAGGGAUUUAUCCACCUUCCAAACCUCUUUAGCUUUUGGGAAUACAGGGAUUUAUGCACUUUUCCAGUCUCAAUCCCCUUGGCUUUUGGGGAUAUAAGGGAUUUAUCCACCUUCCAAAUCCCCCUUGGUUUUGGGAACAGAGAGGUUUAUCCACCUCUCCAAACCCUCCUUGGCUUUUGGGGACAGAGGGAUUUGUCCACUUUUCCAACCCCCUUUUACUCUGGGAAGGGAGGGAUUUAUCCACAUGCUCCCAGCAAGCCCCUCACUCCUCAUCCAGAGUCUUCCAGGUGAGGUGGGGCAGGUGGGAACCCCCUUCCCAAACAUCCCUUGGGAUCAGGGGGGGUCCUGGCAGCGCUGCCUCCAACUGUGCCUCCAGCUGAACAAGCACAACUGGUGCCCAGUAACACACUGGGGAGCUCCCAGUGCCCCCCUGGGAUGCUCCCAGUGCUCCCCCCACCCCAUCCAGGGCUUCAAUCCCCCCCCAAAAAUAGGAGUUACACUGGAUCCAGCCUUGCCUUUAGAGAGAGAAUGAGCAGAUUUUGGCAGCUCCAAGGGCAGGAGUUGUGGAACCACCCUUGGGUAGAACAACAACA